AUGGCGUCAGGUUUCUCUUACGCCAACACCACGAUGGACAAUGGUUUCUCAGACAGUCUAGGUGAACACCUCAAAGCUGUGGGAAGAUUAUUCUACUUACAUUCACCUAGCGCUACUCUGUAUGAAAAAGUAGAUGAUGUGCCUAAUUUUUUUAGACAGUCAUGGCCUUACUUCUUUAUAUUUAUGAUCCUAGAACACAUAGUCUUAAGACUAGAAGGUAAAAAAGGAAUUAGACUGAAUGAUGGCAUCACUAGCAUAUCACUUGGAAUCUUCCAGGAAUGUGGCAGGUUACUCUGGAGAGGAGCUGAAUACUAUCUUUACACUUGGAUUUACCAACACCACAGAUUAAUCGAGUUACCCUGGGAUAGUGUAUUAACGUGGUACGUUACGGCCAUUGGCGUAGACUUCUGUUACUAUUGGAUGCACAGAAUGUGUCACGAGGUGCACAUAUUAUGGGCGCAACAUCAAGUACAUCAUACGUCUGAAGACUUCAACAUGGGUGUUGGGAUCAGACAAUCAGUUUUGCAAGGAUGGUGUGGAUUUGUCUUUUAUCUCCCACUGGCGCUGGCAAUACCCCCAUCGCAGUUCGUGAUGCACCAUCAGUUCAGCUACCUCUACAUGUUCUGGAUUCACACUAAGGCUAUUAAGAGCCUUGGACCUUUAGAAUAUAUUUUGAACACGCCUAGUCAUCAUCGAGUGCACCAUGGAAGUAACAAAUACUGCUUAGACGUAAAUUACGGUGGUGUCUUAAUUAUCUGGGACCGCAUAUUUGGGACUUUCAGACCCGAGACAGACAAGGUGGAGAUCGUCUACGGUCUCAUCUACAAUAAUCCAUCGUUCAAUCCUCUCGAGUUACAAGUAUUCUACAAUGGUUAUGUGAUGGAAAAGUUUAGAAGACUUGAAGGUUGGGAGAAUAAACUGAAGGCCAUUUUCUGGGGACCGAGCUGGGAGCCUGGACAAUGCCGCACUGGAGACGAACAUUUAAAAGUUGAUGUGGACCAAACUCGGGAAAUCUACGACGUUCGUCUUCCCGCUUGGUGCAAUACAUAUUUGGUGGUUCACUAUGCUAUAGUUCUCUAUGGUUUCUUCGAACUAUCUGCUAAAUAUUUGGGCAUGACACCAAUCUCAGUGCUAAUCUUUGUCCUCUACAUCAUCGCUUCUCUUACUAUCAUCGGAAUGUUGUUCGACAAUAACAAACACGCUCCGGUACUCGAAGUCCUUCGUUGUUCGGCACUCGCCUUUCUCACAAGAAGUGUUACUAGUCCAGGAGUCGGCACCGUAUUACAGAUCUUCUAUGUCAUUUCUGCUAUGUUCUGGUGUUUGUAUACUUUGAAAUUAUUGGAAAUUAAGAAGAGUACUAAAGUCGAUUAGUUGGGUUACCAAUUUAUCACCAUUGUGCGAAAAAUUAAAUGAGAUAAGAAUAAGGCUAUCGACAAACAUCAAAGAAAUAUCUUUGAUUGUUUUGUAUAAUAAACAUAGCACUUUAAGAAUAGGUAAUAAAUAUAUCGACUGCUGUCUAUAAGAUGCCAUAGUAAAAUUUUUUGUUUCUACUUUUUUUAUAUCACUUUAGCCUUACGUUUGCAAAUAGAAUGAAUUGUUUUAUUCUAAUAAUUGUAUUAUAAGCCAAAUGUCAUUAGGUAUCUUAUUACUACUUGUUUUAGAUAACACUAUUGUAGUUGUAUUAUAUGACUUAAAUGUAUUACUGUGGAAUUCCAAAUACUGUAAUUUUAUACAAAAAUAAAAUAUGGUAUAUGCAUAAACACAUAAAUUUAUACUACGUAACAAAAAGUUCAUAAAAAAGCCGUGAUAGCAUAGUAUUAUAGAUUUGACCUACUGCCUCUCAAGCAGAUGGUCGUGGUUUCGGAUCCAGGCCUUUGAAUUUCGCACCUUUGAAUUUUUCGGAAUUUAUGUGCGAAAUAUAAUUAGAAGGUUACCAUAAGUUUUCGGUUAAAGUAAACACCGUGAAGAAACCUGCACACAUCUGCAAAGCAAUCCAAGGACGUGUGUAAAGUUCUCGUUAAGCAUUGAGCUAACUUGGGAACUACUAUCCAAACCCUUCAUGAUGUAAGGCCUUUGCCCAACAGUGGCACUAUGAAGCUUAACUGUUAAUUAUUGUUAUUAUUUAAGGAUUCUUGAAUUAUUGAGAAAUACGUAUUCAUUUUCUGGAGAUAUUACUUUGAUUCUAGUACUUCAUUUUGAUUCUACUUUACUUAAUAACAAGGACCAAUUUACAUUAAUUAGAAAAAGUAGGUAAUAAUAGGUUAAGGUUUUGUUUGUAUAGUAAUUUAAGAAUGAUUAGCCAAUGAAUAAUUUUUAUGAGAGUUUUUAUACGCUUGCAUAAUUUUUAUUUAUUGCAAUAUUUGC